UUGUAGUUGUAAGUGUUCUACCUUGGUUAAAAGUAACCUCAAAUCAUUUUGAGCCAGUAUGUUUUAAAGUUAUCUAUUGAUAUGGCCAAAAUCUUGAUACGGUUUUCAUUUUGAAAAUCUUGUGGUAUGAUUUAUGUAGGUCUAUGGGACUUUUUUAUAGUUAAAUAAUUUAAUUAAAGUUUUAUAGUUUCUAAAUUAUCUUGCCCUUCGUAUGUCGACCGUUGUCAGUCCCAUAUAUUUUUUUUAUUUAAUACAAUGGAAUAUUAAUCAAACAAUAACGUAACAUCAUAGUAUUAUAGGCUACUACUCGGUGAUACACUUAUAGUCUUCAGGCGUAUUAACGUUGUAUUAAAAAUCCAAUGAAAAUGGAAAUGAACAGAAAUGAAAUCAUAUCAUUGGUAUUACGCAUGACUCUGUUGUCAACUUGUGCUUAUUUUGGCACUAAAUGGCUGAUUGGUCAGAUUGAUCCAACUAACCAACAAAAAAAACGAUCCAAGCAAACAGCUCUCAAUAAAUUGAGAAGUCUUGGUUUAGAAAAAGUGAAAAACUUAACUGAUCAUGAACUUAUGAUUGCUAGUCAUUUGGUUAAUCCUUAUGAUAUUACUGUUUCAUGGAAUAACAUUGCUGGACUUAACCAAGUAAUAGAUGAAAUCAAAGAAACCGUUAUUUUUCCUGUACAAAGAAAAGAGUUACUUAGAAAUUCAGUGUUAACAAAACCUCCAAAAGGUGUUUUACUUCAUGGGCCUCCUGGUUGUGGUAAGACAAUGAUUGCUAAAGCAACUGCUCGUGAAGCAGGUAUGAAUUUUUUAUACCUAGACGUAUCAUUGCUGACUGAUAAAUGGUAUGGCGAAAGUCAAAAAUUAGCUGGAGCUGUGUUCAGUUUAGCUCAAAAGCUUCAGCCUUGUAUAAUAUUCAUCGAUGAAAUAGAUUCCUUUUUAAGAUCUAGAACACAACAUGAUCAUGAGGCAACAGCUAUGAUGAAAGCUCAAUUUAUGAUGCUAUGGGAUGGUUUAUCAACUGAUCCAGAAAAUACUGUUAUUGUUAUGGGUGCCACAAAUAGACCUAAAGACUUAGACCCUGCUAUAUUGAGGCGCAUGCCAGCUACCUUUGAAAUUUCACUACCUGACGAACAACAAAGAAAAGAUAUUCUGUCAUUGGUUUUGAAAACUGAGCAAUGUGCCACAGAUGUAGAUUUACAUAAGUUAGCCAUAACAACUAAUGGUUUUUCUGGAUCCGACCUUCAAGAACUCUGUCGUAUUGCAUCAUUAUUACGCAUCAAAGAUUUGAUUAAAGAAGAGGAACUUCAAAAAUGUUCUUCAAAUUCAAUUGAUUCUUCCGGUUUAAAUUCAUUGCGGCCUAUCAGUAUGGAUGAUUUAGUUGCAUCUGUUUCUAAGAUGAAAGCAUCUAAAGUAGUCAGUGUCACUCAAUCUAGAUUUUAGUGAACUACUAUAAAAUAAUCAGUAGUCUGGUUGUUGAUCAAUCUUAAUAUUUUAUUAUCUGUUUGGUGUAAUGGUUUUUUUUGUGAGAACUGUUAUUCAAAUGGACAAUUUUUUAUUAUAGCCCUAGUCCAAUUUAAACACAAA